AGUCAGAGACCUUUGUUUUUCAACGUAGGCGUCUACGGCACUCGUGUCCAGAGAUAUUUUGUCAAACAGUGCUUUCAACCGAAGCAAUAUAAAUAAUAAAAACAAUAGAAUAUACCAUAGGCCUACAUCGACUUACGACCAACGAGGAGAAAAAAGCAACAAUUUAGCAUAGCUGCGUUUAGCGCGCGCGAUAUUGAACUGAGAACAAUCGUACGUGCGGCAGUCUAGGGUACAGGCAAAGAAAAAACCCAGGAGGGGUAUUCACUGCUACAUUCAAGAGCCCUUUUAGGUUCUACAUUUCUGGAUACUGUUUUUUGUUUUUUAUUAUUAACUGUUAGGUUUUUCUCUUAGGAUCCAGUUUCUAUUUAGAUGGCAAGCUUCCCAGACUCUGUAAACGAAAAUGAAAUAGGUAAGGCAAAGUUCAUUGGUGAACUCUUAGUGCCUGUUGCUCCUUUUGAGCAGAAGUCCGGUCGGGAGACCUGGACUGUAGCGUUUGCACCUGAUGGUUCCUACUUUGCUUGGUCUCAAGGCCAUCGUAUUGUGAGGCUUGUUCCUUGGUCAAAAUGCCUGAAGAAUUUCUCUGUGGGUCAUGGAGAGGGCACCAACGGGGCGAGCCCUCGCCACUUGUCAAGGCAGAACAGCAAAGGGAGUCAGGUGAUGCCUGCCUACGAGCCCCGGGAGCACACCAUCGACUGUGGCGAUGUCGUCUGGGGCCUUGCUUUCGGCUCCUCUGUUCCUGAGAAGCAGAGUCGUUGCGUCAACAUUGAGUGGCACCGGUUCAAGUUUGGCCAGGAUCAACUACUGCUCGCAACAGGCCUCAACAAUGGACGCAUCAAAAUCUGGGAUGUCUACACUGGAAAGCUGUUGCUGAACCUAAUGGACCAUACCGAUAUAGUACGAGACUUGACCUUUGCCCCCGAUGGCAGCCUUGUACUUGUCUCCGCCUCCAGAGAUAAGACCUUGCGAGUGUGGGACCUGAAAGAUGAUGGAAAUAUGAUGAAGGUGUUACGGGGGCAUCAGCACUGGGUUUACUGUAGCGCCUUUUCCCCGGAUUCCUCCAUUCUGUGUUCUGUCGGAGCUGGUAAAUCGGUAUUCCUCUGGAACAUGGAUAAAUAUACCCUGAUUCAGAAGCUGGAAGGUCACCAUAAUGAUGUGGUGUCCUGCGAGUUCUCACCUGAUGGAGCCCUGCUGGCCACUGCCUCCUACGACACUCGGGUCAUCGUGUGGGACCCCCACAUUGGCACCAUGAUCCUGGAAUUGGGGCACCUCUUCCCUCCUCCAUCCCCAAUUUUUGCAGGUGGAUCAAACGAUCGCUGGGUACGCUCGGUGUCCUUCUGUCACGAUGGGAGCCAUAUCGCCAGCAUCACUGACGAUAGACUGGUGCGUUUUUGGAGCAUCGAUGAGAGGUCCCCACAGGCUACUGCCCCCCUCACUAAUGGUAUCUGCAGUGCCUUCUCAACUGAUGGGAGUGUCCUAGCUGCUGGGACCCGAGAUGGUAGCGUUCAUUUCUGGGAGAGCCCUCGUAGCACCGCCAGCCUGCAGCAUCUGUGCCGCAUGGCUCUGCGACGAGUCAUGCCCACUCAGCAGGUGCAGGCGCUGCCCAUCCCCACACCCCUCCGUGACUACUUGUCCUACAAAAUCCUUUAACCCCUAUGCUGCCCUCCUGCCCAUAGUAUGCUGGAAACCAUUGAGUUAUUAACAUUUCUAGAAAAAUACAGAGAAAGAGACACCCUCCCCCACAAUUCUUAACGUGAUUCCAUCUGGGCCCCCUCCUCUGCUGUUCUUUGAUGAGGCCACCUCUUUAUCUAUUUAUUUUGAUUUUACUUCCAGUCUGUUUGCUGGUGGUGGUGAAUUAUGAUGGUUAAGUUAUUUCUGUGGCCUGUCACUGCCAAGAUGCGUCUAUCUAUAAGGGUCACCGCUAUUCUGGUUUUAGACCUUGCCAAUGCAGAAACUUCUUCUGUUUACCAACCAGUUGUCACUUUAACUUAAGACUACACACAAAGAGCUGAAGUGAUUUUUUUUUUCCUGCUGAGAAAGAAAUCGUUCAACUGCUGGCUUCACUAUAAAGAUUGAAUGUCUGCAUAUCAAAUUCUUACAUCCCCAAAGCUGUGCUUUACUGCUCAAAGAGAGGAAAAUUUAGGUGUGUGUGUGUGAGAAAGAGAAUGAGAGAAGUUCUUGUGCAAACAAAAGUGUGUCAGUGAGCAUCAGUACCGAUAACAAAGUGUAUAUGUAUGUAUACUGUAUGUGUGUCUAGCUGCAGGAGGGCCUGCUUGGUCCUCAUGGACAAGGGGCAGGUUGCCUCUCCACAUGCCUGUGCCAGCUCAUCAAGGGAUUAUUCAAUGCUACCCAAAGUUACCUUGAAAAAUCUCACAAACCAUCAAAAGUGUAUUUCAUUUUUCAAACCUGUCGAUAUAGCUAAUUGACUAAAGAAGCUACUGUUGAACAAUCCCUUUUACAAGCUUUCCUCAAAAUCUUUGCUUCCUCCCCCCCCCAAAAUCCUGUAGCCGAUAAGCUUUUGUUUUGCUUGGCCAAACAAUAGCAAGUACCUCAGAUGGCAAAAUGUAGUUGUCUAAUAUAGUUGUCGAGUUAAUUUUUCUUGUACAAAUAUAUAUAUAGACAAUUCCAAGUCUGCAAGUCUAUGUAUAUCUAUAGUAUGUAUAGAUAUAUAUACCUGUAUAUAAACAUAUCAGAGAGCCUAGUGUGCUUUUUCUUGGUUUCCUUUUUGUAUAUUUUCUCUCUUCUAAUGUGAACAUCUGUAAAUGAAUGACACAAGAUGUCUUAAGAGAUAAGGAUGUAGUCUGUACUCUUAGAGGUCAGACCAUGACUGUGAAAUUGUGAAUGGUAAAAAGCCCUAGGUCUUUAAGAGAUUGUAUGUCAGAAAAGAGCCCUCGUGAUCACUGAUCAUGAGUAUCACCAUCUUAGUUUUAUUUGCCAAAUUCUUUGCCUUUCUCUUUUAGAUAUUUCUCAUUGGCUAGUUACGUCCAAUCAGUGACUUGUUUAUGUGUAACAAUAGGGAGAAACGGGCUUCCUAUCUGGCUUUGGAGGAUUUCAGCCAUGCAUCUGUUCGCCAUGCAGAAAACUCCACAAAUUCAAAAUAAGUAAUUAAACUCAAUUUGUUUUACCUGUAGUAUGGUUACCUUUCCGAAGAAUAUGUUUCCAUUUGUAAAUAUGGUUGGGUAAUUGAAUGUGAAGCCAGCCUUUUACAGGCUCUAACAUAAUAUGCAGACAUUUCAUAUGACUAAAUGGAAAUAAAUAAUGUGAAAGUUUGCAAAGAAGGAUUACAAAUGGAAAACUAUUUAUAUUCAGUUUGCUUGUGUUGUCCUUUGUUGACCAAUUAGAAGUGGAUACAUGGUUGGUAUUAAACAUUCUUGGCAAUAACUUUUUGUCAAAUGUCAGUGCUGAAGCCAAAGGAACCUUCUUGGCCUUUAUCUCUUUUAUCAACAUUCAGACAAGUUUGUUUUCUUGUUGGCUAAAACUUGAAAAUCUUUCUGUGCAGUGCAGUUGAA